AUUUGUUUGGCACAACAACCAUCGCCAUCACAGGAAAGCGCCUUGGCGAAGAACUCCCACUUAUACCAAGCCUGCCACGAUGGAUGCUAACGUAGGUCAAAGAGACUCCCAUGUACAGCAUCUUGAGCAGCUGUGCAAGGAAGCGAGAUCGCUGUGGUUGAAAUCGGCUAAAGUUACUGAUCUCAUUGAAGUGGAAAAGCUCUAUCGCAGUGUAUGGGAAUCAACGCACAAUGAGAUGAGGAACAGUUCCAAUGUAUCGGCUAGCGCUCACGAUGUUGUCCACCAGCAAGCAGGCGAAAAGCUUGCCAUGAUUUUGCUGCAAUCGAGACGUCCCGACGAAGCCAAUAGUAUCCUGAAAGUUCUGAACUUUACCUGUCGACUUUCUUCGUCGGUUCUGAACUACCCCACCGGCAGAAGUAUCGCAUUCGUGCAACAACCGAGGUCUUCUUUAUCGAAUACCGCGCCAUGUCGUAUUUGGGAUCAAUUUUUGUCUAAGGAUGAACUGAAUUGUCUACUAACUGCGUUCUAUGACCCAAACGCGCAUUACUGGACGUCUCACCAGUACGCCGUCGAACCGCCUAGCCCUUAUUUUAGCUAUCUGAUACCACUUGAUCCAGAGACUGGUCGUAAUGAGUAUGGUACUAUUGGAAGUAUUAUUAGACGCAUUCAAAGGCAAAUUGCCGAAUGGAAGCCUCUCGUACAACAGUGUACGUACUGUGAAAUGUGGGCGCACAACCGGCCUCACGCUACCGGCCAUCAACUGCAUUUUGACAGUGACAAUGAAGGCGACGGGGACGUCAUUCGAAAUCCUCUCGUCAGCACGAUCCUAUAUUUGACUCCGGGAAACGACUCCGUAGGAGGACCUUCCUUGAUCACCAACCAGCGACGGAGCAGUCAACACUUGGCGGAUCAAGGGUGGUACACUCCGGCAGUUUAUAAUCGUUUGGUGGCCUUCGACGGAAAAGUCCUUCACGGCGUGAUACCUGGUAAGGGUGUGGCUCCGGUCAAUCAGGAAUGCAUGCCAUGUUCAUCGAAUCGGCGUGUGACGCUUAUGUUGGCUUUUUGGAAGCGCAUUACGACCCUUUCCGAAAGCCGACAGCGGCAAAGAAUGGGCUGA